CUGCUACUUGUCACUAUACACCUCACCCUGCUCCACCUGUUCCAUUCGCCUCCAGGAUUUCUCACCAGCAGUAGUACGCUGGGAUUUGCUAGUUCCACGACUAUCUACCUCCUGCGCACUGGUAGUGUAAGGGCAUGAUUCAUAGUGAAGAAACACGGUUCCUCUAAGCACAAAGUAUCCCGUUCAGAGAAUGCCGAGCAACCUGUUGAAGCUGAGCUCUUCAAUCAUGGAAUCCGAGUUCCAUAACCGCAGUGACUUUGAAAGAAGUGGAAGUUUUGAUAGUCAAAGCAGCCAGUGUUCAAGGUCUAGAAGCUCUCACUUCGAUGAUGAAAACUUGAAAUACUUAACAAAUGAAGAGAAAAAUGCCCUCAUGUUUUUUGAAGAAACUUUAGAUGCUUUUGAAGAUGACCCUGAAGAACCACCGCUUUCUGCUAAUUCUAGUCUUGGCUAUUACUCCCCGAGGUCAACAGAAGAUAGCCACUCUGACACUGAUGACAUUAUCGAUCUGGUGGAGACUGACCACAACCAUGUUGAGAUUUCACCUGAAGACUCUGGAAUUGGAUUAGGCAGUACUAACUGGAAUCUUACUCAAAAAGACUCUUGGACCUCACAAUCACCCACAACAGUAAGUUCAUCUGUGACUAUUCCACUGAAGGAAACUGAGAAUCUUUCUCCUGACCUGCCAUCAGAACAACGAAAACUACAUGGGGCUAUUCCAACACCUGUAAUUAUUGCUCAAAAAAUGUUGGAGAAAAAACGUGAAAGUGGAAACAUGUCACCCUUGUCACCUAAAGAUGGGAAGUCGCCAGAACUGAAAAAAAGUGUUGGUACCUCACCAAUCAGUGAAGGUCAUUUUAUAUUUCCAGGAUCACCAAAUACCAAACCCAGUCGUUUUCCAAACAACAUAAUUAUUAAACAAGUUGGGAAGCAGUAUAACAAAACUAUCGCCAAGGCAGCUGUCAAUGUACAGGAACGUAAAGCUCAAGUGUUGGCUAAUAUACACGGUCCUGGAUGGUUUGCAGAUGAAAUUGAUGCAACAAAUCGUCAUGAACAAGUGGGACGGAGAACUUCGUUUCGGGAAGUCACUUCUGAGCAGACAAGAUAUGAAGCCCUCAUCAAACUUGGCUUAGUUAAAGAAAUCCCUGUUCAAGCUGAUGUAGGCAAGUCUCCUGUCUCAAAUGGUGAGCAUUCAGUCAAGAUGAUGCCUCCAGAAACAAGCAGAAGGCAUUCAAAUGAGAAUGAGAGUAUCAGCAAAAUCUUGAUGAACGAGCCAAGUGCCUUUGUUUCUCUUGGAAAAACUGUUGUUAUAAAAGGUGAACCAGGAACUUCUAUAGAAAGGAACAAACGACCCAGUAGCAUACACAUUGCACAGGAGAAAACACAGAUAAAUACUAAUCAGGAAAUUAAAAGAACUUAUUCAAUGCCAAGACCUACAGGUUUCCGGUCUCAAGGAAUUACAGUACAGUUCUCAGGACGUGACUCUUCAGAGGAGUCUAGAAAAGACGCUUUGAGAAGACUCGGCCUAAUGUCAGGACACUGAAAUAAUUCCAGGUUUUCUGGACACAGUUGGACUUCAGUUAUGACUUUUUAUGUUGUCUAUGUUCUAUACAAGGCCACGUUCUCACAACCACAAGGAACGGAGCAGUGACUUACAACUACUUUUAUGUACAGUUGGUUUUAUGUAUCUAUUAUAAUUACGCAUCUUUUAUUUUUAAUGCAGUCAUAUUAUAGAAAAUAUGAAGGGUCAAAUAUUAAAGUUAAGACUACAAAUGGAUUAUCCAUGGCAGAACAAUUCUGUGUACUUCUUAUGGAUUUAAGUUUGCUUAAAAUAGUGGAGAAACACAUUGGUUAAUUAAUACUGUUAUUUUAGUUGUGAUUUUUAUUUUCAAAUCUGUGUUUAACUAUGAUAUCUAUAAAUAUUUUCUAUUUAUUAACUUUUUUUGCAUCUUAUUGUAAAUGACAGGAUGUUCUUAGAGCAGAAUACCUUCUAGAGAAGUUUAUGCCUCUUUGCAAUGUCCAAGAAAUAUCUAGUUACUCUUUUUAUUUGAAAUCGAUGGCAAGUUAUUUUUGGGAACAUUCUAGAAAUAUUUCAAGAAUAUCUAACAAAAUGAGGACAUUUACUAAUCAAAAUGUGGCAAAAUUCUGCAGUUAUUUGCAUAAAACACUGGCUUACAUGCUUUGCACCACCAUUAAGUGUUUUGGACACCGUUUUCAGCUUGUCAGACAUGGGGGUGUGACUUAUCAGGAAACAGGCAAGGCCUAAUUGAAAGGGAACAUGCCUUUUUAGAUGGACCAUUCACAAUUCUGGAGUAAAGUAAGCCACCUACCAGUUGGUGUAAACUUAACUAGUCAGUCUAAAGGUGCGCCCUGAUUUAGUCUGGGGCUACACGGCAACGUGUGUCAUGUGAUUUAUAUCAGAUCAGUGACAUUACUAUAGGGAAUGCAGAGGUUCCUGUUUCAACUGGUCUCUAAAAGGACAGUAGAAUUAUAAGCGCUAAGAGAUGGUUUGCUAACCAUAUAAACUUUGCAUCACAGCCUUGAAAGUUCAAGUUCUGUAUAUUAAGAGUUACAGGUAUAAAUUUAAUUUCCUGCCACUAUAACAUUUUUUAGAUGUUCCAAAAUGCAAAGAAGGAAAUGCUCGUGUCUACAUAUAUUUAGUAUAAAUUUCAUCAAAAAUACCAGAAGCUAAAGAAUGUCGUUAUUCAGAUUUAUUAAUAAUUCACCAGAUGCCUCUAGCAACCUUGUGUGGAAACACAAGUCAACAAUUUGGAGCAGGUAUGCAUGCCCGGAUACCACAAAGAGCCUUCAGUAUUCAGUCUGACAGGGACCACAUUCUACUCAUAUGACCAUGAAAUCCUAAAAUGUUCAUUACACCUGUGAGAUGUUUAGUGUUUUUCAAUUUCAUCAAGUGCAAUGAGAUCUACUGUAUUACCUGGGACAUGUUCUGUAAUAAUUCCGAAUAUACUAUAUUGGAUACUCAGAUAUAAUGUCAAAUACUGGGUUAUUUGAACUCUAAAGAAAACGUCUUCAGGCACAUACAUGUCGGUAUAUACUUAAUCCAGUUUAAGUGUUUUAGCGUCACAAACUUCGGGCUUCACACGCUUUACUCUUUGAACACGGCACUUAAAGUACAACGCAUAACUUUAGGAGAAGCCUUUUUGAACUAAAAUUCUCUGGCUUCUCUUUUGAAAUACAUGCAAUAGACCUGUCCUUCCAGACUGAUUAUGAAAAAUCACUGGAAUUAGUGUCUGGCUUCACAAGCAGCACAUAAGUCUGGUGUUGUGUUACUUUUGUGUUCAUUUUAGGCCACAGAAUGCCACCAUCCAGCCAGAGAAUUUUGCUGAGAAAUAUAAAAUAAUAGUUAUUUUAUAUAAAAUAGUGUUUGGAGAGGGCUCACUUCCUGGACAAUGAUAGAGGUGGGUGCACCUACAAAGAAGAUUACACCCAAUCUUCAGAAAAUAAUGUAUAUAUGAGCGAGUAGUAGGGCACACCUACACUUGGACACACAUAGG